AUGGCUGCAAACCCCUUUGCUCCGACAACCAAUUCUCGACUUCUUACGCCGUCGUUUUACCUCAGUCGUCCUGCUUUCCCUUCUUUCUGUCUCAGUAAUUUGUCUAGCUUUUCUCUCCGCCAUAAAUCUCGCCUCUUACUCAGCUGCUGCUGUGGCUCUCUUACUAUCAAUGGCAAUCAAUUGACAAGCGCGAUACCUGACUUGAGUAUGCUGCUAUUCCCUUUAUUUCAAGAAUUAGGGCUGAAUGAAAAGGAGACUGAAUCAAUUUUAAACAACGACAAUGCAGAUCUUAGAAUAACUUCAUUUGAAUCAAUUCGCAGUAGAGCUCAGUUGUUGCAAUGUACUGGCAUAAACGCCCUCGCCCUUUCCAGAUUAAUCCUUAAAAAUCCCUACAUAUUAACAUCUGAAGAAAUUGGUGCACUACUUAGCUUCAUUACCAAGGACAAAGAAUUAGGGCUGAAAGGUCAAAUGAAGCCGUCCCAGGUGGAGCGUUUGUUGAAGGCAAGAAAUCUCGGAUUCGUAGCGGGAUUCGAGGAAAAGGUGCGGCUGCUACUUCAGUUCGGCAUCCCCAGAGAAAAGCUCGUCCACGUUCUCAACCACGUCAAUCUGAGCAAGGCAUUGUGUGCGAAGCCAGUGGAUGAAAUAGAGAGGACGCUCGCCUUUUUACAACGUUUUGGAGGCGUUGACUUAAUCGUGCGUAGGCCCACUGUCCUUAAUUACGAUCUGCAGACUCAAUUGUUACCGAGAAUGGGAUUUUUGUUGGAGUUGAGCGGUGGUGAUGAGGAUGCCACUCGCACUGUAGUGCGUAAAUUUCCCUCCAUCUUGUCAUACACAGUGGACCACUUGAACAACCACGUUGAGUUCUUCAACUCUUAUGCAGGUCUGAGCCAGGAGGAGUUUUUCCGAAUCGUGCUCGUGUUCCCGGGAUUAUUCAGUUCGAGCGUGGAAAGGAAACUCCAGUCUAGGAUCGAUUUUCUGAAGUUGUGUGGACUGAGUCCAAACGACAUACUCAGGUUCCUGAUAAAGGCACCCUUGUUCCUGAGCCUGUCGUUCGAGGGAAACCUGGCGAAUAAAUUGGUGGUGUUGGUGAAACUCGGGUAUGAGAAUAGGAGUCGGGAGCUGGCUUACGCAAUGGGUGCUGUAACGAGGUGCAGCUGUAGGAACGUGCAGGAGGUGAUUGGGGUGUUGCUGAAUUACGGGUUGACGUGCGAGGAUAUUAUGGAGAUGAGCGUGAAGCAUCCCCAGGUGUUGCAGUACAACCAUGUCUCGUUGGAGGAGAAAAUGAAAUAUUUGGUUGAGGAAAUGGGGCGUGAGGUACGGGAGCUCUUGUCCUUUCCUGCCUUUCUUGGCUACAAGCUCGAUGGCCGGAUAAAGCACCGGUUUGAAGAGAAAAGGAUGGUUUUGGGUGACGGGAUGUCCAUCAACAAGCUUUUGAGUAUGUCGGCUGUCAAAUUCUCGUCCAAGGGCAAGACGAGUGUGAGGGUCGAUUAG